AUGAUGAUACGAUCAAUUCAAUUCGUUGGGAUUAUUUUAAUAUUUAUUAAUUUAACCACUUCAGUAACUGGAAUGACUGUCAAUAAUGAUCAAAUUGAUGUUUCCAGACAAUUAUCUGAUGUUCGAUACGCAUCUUCAAUUCAAAUUAAUGAUGUUAUGAAACAUCUUGAUGAAUUACAGGCUAUUGCAACAGCUUCAAGCGGAAAUCGAGCUGUUGAAACUAUUGGUUUUAAUCGUACCCUUGAUUACAUUACAAAUUUCCUUUCAGUAAAUACCAAAUUUAAAAUAACAAAAACAUUUUUUAAUUUGCGAAAUUUUCAACUUCUCCGUAAUCCAACAUUGUCAUCAACAGUAAAUGGUGUUGUUAAAACACAUAUUUAUUCCGUUAAUCCUGCUAUAGGAGAAUUUAAUCAUCCUCUAUAUACAACAUCAGCUAACAUUAGUAGCGAUAUUCUUAUUACAGCUAUUCCUAAUUUAGGUUGCUCUGAUGAUGAUUGGCUUGCAGCAAGUCCAGCGCCUGCUGGUCUUGUAGCCAUUGUUAAACGGGGUGGUUGUGCUUUUCAAAGUAAGGGUACUCUAGCAAGUAAAUAUAACGUAGCUGCUUUAUUACUCUACAAUGAUGGUACAACACCGAACAACAUGAGACCUACCAAAAUCAAUCUUGGUCAAAAUAAUCGUGUUCCAGCGCUUUUUCUUUCAUAUGAUCUUGGUAAAUCACUUGCCACUGCUGCAAACGAUCCAUCCCAAGUAGCAACUGUUCGUCUUACUAUUGUAACUGAUAAUGAAUUGAAUCCAGUAGGAAAUAUUUGUGCUGAUACAACAACAGGGGAUCCUACUCAAACAAUUGUAAUUGGUAGCCAUAGUGAUAGUGUUCCUGCUGGACCAGGUAUUAAUGAUAAUGGCAGUGGCAGCGCAGCUAAUCUUGCUUUAGCUGCUGCCCUAUCGAGUCUUCUACAAACAUCAAAUUAUCCUGCUUAUAAGUAUCGAAUUCGAUUUUGUUGGUGGGGCGCUGAAGAACUAGGUCUUAUCGGUGCUGAUUACUACGUUUCAGAAGCAAUAAAAUCUUCUGUUGUUGGUGAGCGAAUAGCAGAUUAUUUGGUCAAUAUUAAUUUGGACAUGUUGGGAUCACCAAAUUUUAUAUUUGGUAUUUAUGAUGGUAAAACAGCUCCGAGUACAACCCCAGCAACUGCGAAACCUGGGAGUAAUAAGAUGACAGCAUUAUUUCAAGAUUGGUUUGAUAGAAAUCAAUUACCUUGGGAUUAUACCAAUUUCGAUGGGCGUAGUGAUUAUGGUCCAUUUUUAGCUGCAGGUAUUGCUGCAGGGGGUCUUUUUUCAGGUGCAGAUGCAAUGAAAACAACAGAACAGGUUAAUCGAUAUGCAGCAAUGCUUGGAAGAAAUUUGAGUGGUAUAGCAUCAAUUCGACAAGAUAUAUGUUAUCAUCAAUCAUGCGAUAAAACAACCAAUAUCAAUAAAUUUGCUCUUGAAAAAAUGGUAAAAGCAACUGCGCAUGCUAUUGAAAGUCUAGGUCAACAAUCUGAUUUAGAAAGUUGGCUAUAUCCUACGAGAGAAAUUGAAGAAAUUAGUAAAAAAAGUCCACCGCAACAGUAUCAGUAUGAUUCCAUUAAUGAAUACUUUGGACUACCUUAUAAUUAA